AUGUCUGCCAUCGCUGAGAAAGUUGCGGAUGUCGCCGCCAACGCCGUAAAUGACGUUACCAAUGCUCUGGCAAACACCUCAAUUACUGCAAAGUCCACCGAUGACAAGUCUGCUGGCAACGACGCUGUCCUUGCCAGCGCCGCCGAAGGCCGCCGCCUGUACAUCGGAAAUCUGGCUUACGCGACAACUGAGGGGGAGUUGAAAGACUUCUUCAAGGGAUACCUUGUCGAGUCUGUUUCAAUCCCAAAAAACCCUCGCACCGACCGACCCGUCGGCUAUGCAUUCGUCGACCUCUCGACUCCCACUGAGGCUGAGCGAGCAAUCGCUGAGCUCUCCGGCAAGGAGGUUCUCGAACGCAAGGUUUCCGUCCAGCUUGCUCGCAAGCCGGAGCCUAACGAGAAGGCCGAGGGUGCUAACGGCGAGGGUGUCAAUCCCGAUGGCACUCGUCGACGCCAGUCUACUCGUGGUCGUGGCCGUGCUGGCCGUGGCCGCGGCGGACGUGCUCGUGGUGGCCGUGGCAGCGCUUCUGCUUCGGAGACCGCUGGCGGAGCCACCGAUGCUCCGGCCAAUGACGAGGUUCAUGCCCUGAAGGACAUCACGAACGAAUCUCAGACUGACAAGUCUGGCAAGCCCCAGGCUCGCCCUGCCCGCGAGCGCCGGGAACGUGGACCCCCGGCUGACGGUAUCCCAUCUAAGACCAAGGUCAUGGUUGCGAACCUGCCGUAUGACCUAACCGAGGAAAAGCUGAAGGAACUCUUCGUUGAGUACCAACCCUCAUCCGCGAAGAUUGCUCUGCGACCCAUCCCUCGCUUUAUGAUCAAGAAGCUGCAAGCCCGGGGUGAGGCUCGCAAGGGACGUGGUUUCGGUUUCGUGACGCUGGCGUCGGAGGAGCUGCAGCAGAAGGCUGUGGCGGAGAUGAACGCGAAGAUCAUCGAGGGACGGGAGAUCGCUGUCAAGGUCGCCAUUGACAGCCCCGACAAGACGGACGAGGAGGCCAAUGCCCCUGAGGGUGAGGUAACCCACGAAGCCGAACAAGCUGCUGAGGCGCCUGCAACUGUCAGCGCCUAA